GGAGACACGUUAAACCCUCGAAACCAAACCCUAGCCGCCGUCAGUGCCGGAGACUUUGUUCAAGCUUGGGUCCACCGGCGGCGACUCGUCGGUGGUUCUGAAUCCAGCAUAUAUGUGCCUCUUCUAAUGAGCAAUGAUGCUGGCAAGACAUGUUCAAACUAUUGGUAAUCUCCUUGAGAGGAUUAUUGAAGUUCCUGUUGCACAGCUCAGAGGUAUAAAUAUGAAUUUCUGUAUUUGGUACUCAAAUGUGUCCAGUUACAAUGAGCUACCGAGAAAGCUCAACAAGUCUGAGAGGAAACCACCAGUGAGAAGUUUUAAUGAACUCAAGCGAGAAGCUAGGUUGAAGAAAAAGGAGAGACAAAAUGUUCAUGAGCUUGUAUUACAACCUCCUGAAAAUGGCUUGUUGGUUAAGCAAUUAGUUCCUAUUGCUCAUCAGGUUUAUGCUGCCAGAUGUGAACUAUUGUCUAGUGUUUCAAGUCUUGUUAAUUACACGGCUAUUUAUUCAUGCAGCUUAUGUGGGGAAGUUCAUGUUGGUCAUCCGCCACAUAAAAUUAGAACAUGUAAUGUUAGAGGAAGUCUAUCAAGCAAAGAACAUAGUUGGGUCAAAGGUGGUAUUGGACAUGUUCUGCCACUUGUAGAGUCGUUUCAUCUGUAUGAUAGAAUAGGGAGGGCUGUUUCCCAUAAUGAAAUGCUUGAAGUGGACCGAAUUCCAGCAAUUGUUGAGUUGUGUGUCCAGGCAGGUUUUGACAUACCUGAGUACCCCACCAGGAGAAGGGCCUUCCCUGUUUACUGUGUUGCUGGUAGGAUAAUUGAUUUUGAGAAAAGAUUUCCAAAAGAAAUUUCUCUUGGCAAAGAUAUAGAUGCAUGUGGGUUUUGGUGUAAGAAAAAGAGAUCGGAUGAAGACAAAAAUUCUAUGGCGAUGCAUUCUGAUGAUAUCCAAGCUAUUGCUGUCCGAGGCAUGAAAGCAUGGGAGAAAAUGCGCAGGGGAGCUUCAAAACUUAUGGAGAAGUAUGCUGUCCAAACUUGUGGAUAUUGUCCAGAGGUACAAGUGGGGCCUAAAGGUCAUAGAGUGCGGAAUUGUCAAGCUUACAAACACCAGAUGAGGGAUGGGCAGCAUGCGUGGCAGGAGGCGACAUUUAAUGAUUUGGUACCUCCAGUAUAUGUAUAUCACACUCAAGAUCAGCAAUCUAGGAAGCCUUUAGUAAAUGGGUUGAAGAGGUACUAUGGUAUGCUUCCUGCGGUGGUUGAGCUAUUUGCACAGGCUGGUGCACCAAUUGAAAAGAAUUACUCACCUAUAAUGAGGGAGGAUGUUGUAGUCCCUGAAAUGGAUGAGGAAAAGUUGGUUGUUUAAAGCAAUGAGCUGAAUGAUUUCUUAUUCACGGAGGAACCAUUUGGGCUGUGGAAGAGUCUAAAUAUGAAAAUUGAGGUUUAAUUUCUUUCAAAUAAGGUCAGAUUUUCUCUUCUGGAAAAGAUAGAAGACGUGUCUAAUAUGGGUAAUUAGGGAUGUAAUAGGGUGGAAAUAAGAACACUGCACUAAACUGUCUUGUGUGCGUCUGGCAAAUUAAGGUUGCAGUCUUGAUUAUAUGGAACACAUCUGCUUCUGGCACCCACUGCAGGUCAAAAAACUUGGAUUUCCUGCUUGGAUUCCUUUGGGAACAAGUCUUAAUCCCACUACCAAUAUCAUUUUCACUUUAUUUAGCUUCUAGUGUAUUCUGGUUUUAUGCGAUAUUUUGUAAUAUAAUUUCCUGCUACUAAAACCAAAGAAAACCUUAGUCCACAGGAUUAGUUUAGUAUUUUCUGGUAUACAAGAGGCAAAGAGAUAGUUGACGGUGCAUUGGGUAAAGAACAAAAUUUGGCUUUCUUGCCAAAUACCUAUAUUAUAAAGAUGAAGAAAGUAGAAAAAUAACUUAAAAGAUUAGCAACAACAGUAAACUAGUUCCUGGGUUCUACUCCUUCAGAUUCGCAGAACAGGUAUAAUCCUGUAAUUUUCUUAGAUAGUUUCUUCUUAUUUACUUGAAUAUACUAUAAGGAACCAUCUCACCUAAAAGCUUAAAUUGUUUAAAUGAAGGUCAUAUUAAUGGUUUUAUAUUAUAUUUCUUUGAUACCAUGAUAAACAACCAUCUUAUUCAAAAUAUUAAGGUGUUAAGGUGAAUGCUAUUUUAAUGGUUUUAUAUAUAAUUUCUCUAACAUAUACCUUGGUUAUGUUGAGUGGAUGAAUGCCAUGCAUUUCUGUUUCUGAACUGCUUCCCUGAACUUGUGCUGCCAUACUAAUAUCAAACAC